AUGACAAAACACUCCCACGCUCAACAGCAGAAGCGACACUUGCGGCACAAUCGACAGUCGCCCCCACCCCCAACAACCGCCAAGCUGGGUUCCUCACUCUCAACGAGCUCCUUUGACGAGGACCAAAUGGCGACGGCCAGGAAGCUCGUCGACCAGAUGGUCGCCUCGUCACGCGUCGCCAUUUUCUCCAAGUCAUACUGCCCGUACUGCAUGUCGGCAAAACGGACUAUUAAGGGUUUGAACCUGCCCGCGGGCGUCACGACGCUCGAGCUGGACCACGAAAAAGACGGCGCGGCCAUCCAGGCGUAUCUGCUCGACAAGACGGGCCAGCGCACCGUGCCCAACAUCUUCAUCGGAGGCGUGCACCUGGGCGGCAACGACGACCUCGGCAGUGCGCAGAGGAGCGGCAAACUCAAGCAGCUCCUCGAGCAGUCUGAGCCCCAGGCCUAG